GCCUGUUCCACACAUACAGGGCACACUCACUCAUACCAGGCUGAGAGAAAGGAAAACAGAGCACCACUAAAUAAUUAUAACUUUUAGAUUCAAAAUUAAAUGUGCAAUAUGCUUUAAUCAGAAGAAAGACUUUCUUACUCAUUUAUACCCUGUUCAAGAUGAGCCUUGAGCGUGCCCUGCCUCACCAGCUGUUGAGGACGGUCUUCCAGACGAGCCCCCUGCACUUCUAACCAGGUCUGGACGUCCAGUUGAGCUGAGUCGAGCGCAAGUCCAUUAGCUCCUGUUACUAGCAGAUACCCUGGUGCACUCAUGAGCCAACUUGACACUGCCAGUGGAGACCUCAUCGAGGAGCUGAUGCAGCUCACGGCACAGAGCCUCAGCCACCGGGAGAUCAGAGAGCACUUCAACGUGAUCAAGGAAAUCGGCCGAGGGAAGUACGGCAAGGUUCUUCUGGUCAUCCACAAGUUCAGAGGUACCCCAAUGGCCCUCAAGGUGAUGCCAAAGACCUCUACCAAGCUACAGGGGUUUUUGCGUGAAUACUGCAUUUCUUUGCAUGUCUCUUGCCACCCCUGCAUCGUCGGGCUGUUUGGCAUUGCAUUCCAGUCAGAAGAGCACUAUGUCUUUGCACAAGAGCUUGUCAUUGGGAAGGACCUCUUUUCUGUUAUUCAGCCAAAGGUAGGCAUCCCAGAGAAGGCAGUCAAGCGCUGUGCUGUGCAGAUUGCUGAAGCACUCCAGUUCAUCCACAGCAAGGGCUUGGUCCACAGAGACAUAAAACCUGAAAAUAUCCUACUACUAGAUCAGGAAUGCUGCCGGGUGAAGCUGGCAGAUUUUGGACUGGCCCAGAAGAGAGGUACACUGAUCCAGAUGGUCUCAGGAACUGUGCCUUAUAUGGCUCCAGAGUUGUGUGCUGUCAAUAGUAAAGGUCUGUGUGUGGAACCCAGCUUGGAUACCUGGGCCUUUGCUGUCCUUCUUUUUUGCAUCUUAACAGGAUACUUCCCCUGGGAAAGCUGUACCCCAAGUGACGAUUUUUUUCAGGAGUUUGCAGAGUGGAGCAAUGGCAUCCCUGAUGCAGAAAUACCCUCGCAAUGGAAGCGUUUUACUGACAGUGCCCUUGCUAUGUUUAAGAAGCUUUUGGCCGUAAAUCCUGAUGAUCGCUAUUGUGUAAUCGAAGUCCUUGAGUACAUAGACAAGGAAUGGGUAAAAAGAGAGGACUCAGAUUCACUGGUUGCAAAAUGCAGUGAAGAUCAAAUUACUGCAUAGCAGCUCACUGGCAACUCAAAUCUAAGCAUCAACAGGACAGCCAGUAGUGUCCUGCGAGAUGGCUGUAAAUAAUUAAUUUAGACAGAAAAUUGUAAUGUAAAUUUAACUAGAUGCAUAUGUUUAACUUGAGUUUCAUCUGUAAAUAAGAAAAUACUGCUUAAAAACAAAACAAUCAUUUCACUGGUCAGUGUGGCCCCAUCAAAGUGACUAAAGCAUUUCAAAUCCUGAUCCAGCCAGAACACUAUACCUUCAAUAAUUUUUCCUCUGUCCUUAUUAUAGAACAAUGCCCUUUAAUUACAGUUUUUCAAUAUUCGUUAAUUGUUUAAACAUAGAUUAGAUAUGAUCUUUCAGCACCCAUCAAUAGUCUCAGUUAAAUUAAUGACAUUACGACACACAUUGAAGAGAAACGUGGAGUUCCUGCAUUAUUCCCAGAUCAAGGUCUGCCAUUUCAAGGAAGCAAGGCUAAGGCUAUGUCCACACUACUAUAUUUUCAUUUAAAAAUGAAAACAAUUUACAUACAAAUAGCAUUUUCACAUCAUUUACAAAACUAUUUUUGUCCAUACUAAAAUGACCCGAAAACGCUGAUGAUGUAAUACACUGUGUGGAACGAUUUUAAGCCCAAUUUUCUAGUCGCUAACUGAUUUUCUGUGUGAGCCUGAAUUUCAGCUUCAUUUGCUGUUGCUUCACAUGCAGUAUGAGAAUGGUUGUGAUGCUUGAUUGCAUCUUACGACUGGAAUGUCGCACAAUCUGACAAAUUUCUAUCAAGUCAGAAAUUUCUGUUGGCUGUCUUGUAGUGUGAGUAGUCUCACGAGCCAAUUUUCAGAUGUCACCGUCAAAUUUUCCAAGUCAUGGCAUGUCAGUCGGACCAAACAUGCUUGUGCAGAGCAUGGCAACUGUAUCAUGCAGCGUGACUUAUCACUUGACCAUGAUUUCAAACCAUCACACCAAAUGCAAUUUAAAAUGCAUACAGGUUAGCAACAGACCAAGCGUCAUAGAAAAUAACUCUUCUAUGGCUGCUUUGUUAGAUCAGAAUAUGUUCUUCUUCAGUGAAUGGUGACAAGCCAUGAAAUCAAAUCUAAUCAGGGAAGAGCCACGUAAUAAGUACAAACAAAUCCAGACCACAAUGGAGUCUGCAUUUUCAGAAAUCUUUGACUUCGCCCAUGCACAGUGAAACAAAACACUUUUAAAACUAUUUUGGUCUAGAAUGCAUUAUUAGAAGUGUUAAUUUUUGUAGGUUGAAAACACCAGUGUAGAGACGAUGAAAGGUGAAAGUGAAGCCAAAUGUCUGUCUUUUUAACUGUAAAUGUAGUAAUGUGGAUGGGACUUUAAUUUUAUUAAACAAGUGCAGUUGAAAUUAUGACAAUCCAAAUCUCUUAUAGAGUAUGCACUCAUAAACAUUAUCCCAAUGUUGUCAUGUUCAGUGCAUUGACCACUCUGAAGACUUUUUAAUAGAAUAAAUGUUUCAACACAUUCCAAGGUGGUCACUGGGUGUUUGAAGGGCUCGAGCUUUUUGGAAAAGGUGAAGCAAGGUGGGGCAUCCCAUGUUUUAUUGAAUUCACCUUGUUAUCCAUAAACUGUAUUAUUCAGAGUCCUUGUGUGUUUCAUCUCCUUCUCCUCCAAUCCACAAGUGAUAUUCUAUACUAAAAAAGAAGAGGGUGAUAUGUUAUAUUGUAAUCAGAAGCAAAACCAAUGUGCAAUAGCUUGUUUACUGAUGUAAUAUGCUUUACGAGAAAUGUUCAAAAAAUAGAAGUCAAAUAACACUUGCUAUACCAUUGACCUCACUUCAUGCGUUCUAAGUAUCCCCGUAUGGUCAAGCAGUAGAUACUUGACUAAGGCUAAGAAAUGGAUUCUUAAUUGCAACUUCAUUUCAUUUUGUAUGUUGUUAUCACCUCUUGCUUGUUGCUUUGCAUUAUAAGCUUAUCUUCUCUGAAAAGCACCUCACAGUUGUGUUCAGUUUGCUCUGAUACAAAGUUGGAUUAAUUUAUUCAUACUUUAAAUUUCAAAACGUAGUUCAUUAGCAAACGUAUCUUCCAUGCACCCUUCAUUUACCCCUUCAUGUACUCCAUGUAUAAGUGUAAGCAUUAAAACAAAAUCAACCAAGUUUUAGGAGGUCACCAAUUUUUGUAGCAGCACUACGUUAGUCAAAUGUACAUUUUCAAUCCAAGUUAUACUUUUAAGGUCCAAAAAUGUGUGUGCCUUACCCAUAAAGGUAGCAGGUAUAAAAUGUGUUCUGCUGUGUGAAACUCAUAAAAGUAUGAUAUAAAGAAUGCAUUUUGGAUUUGAAUUGCUGUACUUUUUUUCUUGUACUCCACAUGAUCUAGAUUGUCAUCUAAAAUGAAAAAGGUCCAUGCAAUGUGUGUGCUAAACUACUCUCAUUGAUAUACAAGGAAGAAACUGGGCCUAGACAUGUCAUCAGCAGACUUGAACUGAUUUAAAGUCAUAAAUCAGUAUAAGAGCUUCUUUUAAGCUGAGUGGAGAAAUUGAAUGUAUGGUUCCUCAGACAUUUAGAAUAAUCAAUCAGAAACUCAUAUGGAUUAAAAAGGGAUUAGAAAUUAUCCAUCUAUCCAUCCAUCCAUCCAUUAUCCAACCCGCUAUAUCCUAACUACAGGGUCACGGGGGUCUGCUGGA